GAGGUGCAACGGUGAGCAUCGGAGCAUUCAUGCGGUGAUCAUAUGCAUCUAUGCACGGCUCGAUGGGCUCUUCCGAUACUUUCGGUUUCCUAUUUUUAAUUCGACCAUCCGAAAGACAAGCGUCUGGCACUGUGACGCCCUUUUGCGUCGCGAGAAAUAUUUAUGGAAAUAGCGUUUUCUAGACGCUGCGAUGCCGGAUCUGUGGAACCUGCUCUUGCUGCUAACUGCCUGAACAACAGAAUUGACAUCCCUGCCUCGAUGAUCGAUUGAUACAUCCACGAAUCUGUCAACGCCAUAGAUUCUGGAAUUUAUGCGACUCAUCCGACGCUACGAAUUUGAGCGACGUCGAACACGAGGACAAUUCGACGCAAUUAUCGUCGAGGAACACGUGCUGCUGCUGUGGUCCUGGUGCGCUGGGAAGGAUUUUCAGUGCACGGGAUGACAGCGUAAUUUUGAGAUGGUCGAAGAAUGAGGUGCAGACCUGUUUUUGACCUCUGACCGAAAGGAGAGAAGCUGUCAGAGAGGGGAGAUGGAGGAAGAUGGGAAAAGACCUCUGAAAGAAAUCGCGGAGGCGUUUUCUGUCUUGGCUGAUAACGUGAAAAACGGGCAAGAUUCUGGAGUUGAUAUCGCGAUUUUUGCUCGAGCCUGUGAUCUCAUCUCCAUACUUUUCAGUUCUUUGGGAAUCGCCUUCAAGUUCGCCGAGAAGGACUAUGUCUCCAAGGUUAAAGAUCUGUUGGAUGCAUCUAAGGAGUUUGACAAUAUAGCAGCAAUGGUAGAUUCCGAUAUCCAGGCUGACAAGGUGAAACAAGGUGGCAGUCACACGCGUAAUCUGCUUCGUGUCAAACGAGGAAUUGACAUGGUCCGACUUCUUUUCCAGCACGUUCUGACGACUGAAGGAAACUCGCUGAAGGAGCCAGCAACCAAGGCUUACGAUCAGGUCUUUGCACCUUAUCACAGUUGGCCCAUCAGGAAAGCUGUCGCAGCUGGAAUGUACGUCAUACCUACUAAGUCAGCAUAUCUGGCGAAACUCAAUGAGAAAGAGUCAUCGGCAAAACAGUAUGUCCAGAUUUUCGUGACAAGUGCUGAACCGGUAGUGCAAUACGUUGACGAUCUUUUCACAGCUAAAGAUAUUGGAGUAGAUUGGUAGAGCAAUCUGAUGAGUUUCACCGUGUUAAGACGGUGCAACUAUUUGCCAUUUGAUACGACAACUUCAUAAAUUGAGAGGAAUAAACGCAAGUGUGGAGAUGAGGGUUUUGUCCUCUAUUAUUUGUUCUACUCAUCGUGGCUUACCAGUGUCUGCUGAGCUUUUGAAUACUGUAUAAUUUUGGCUUCGCAAAAUUACGCUCUCAAGUCUGCCUUUGGCACAGCGAUGGUUUUUCUAAACAUCCGUUUGAAGAAUCUCACAUCCAUCAGCUUUCGACCAUUGUUCAGUCCUCAACUUAGUAGACUGCAGAGAUUGAACUGUUACACGUGGGCAAGGAUUGGUUUCUCAACCCUAGGGUUUAAGAGUGUGAAUUUUCUUUGCAGAUGAGUGUGCAAUAGGAUAGACUUAUCUUA